CAGCAAACGUCCAUGAGUGAUUGUAAUGCGAGGAGGGUACCGAGGCUCAUCACCGCAGUCUGUUGGAAACAAGAGAACAGCAAGUUGUCAAGAUACCACCGAUCACGACGGAAAACGCGCGUACUGGCGGGAGUUUACCGCUGAGGCGUCGGAUGGAUGAUGAGGAGGAGGAUAUGUCACAGCCCAUCUCGCAACUGUGGGGAUCUCCCUUUGUGGGCGUCAAAUACGAAGACCGAGCCACACAGAUCGCAGCUGGACAGGCCUUCGCUGCCGUCACCGCCGCCAUGUCCACGUCGCAGAGCCACGGCAACAACAGCGUCAACACGCUGCCCUGCAGCUUACAAAGGCAGCCUUGCAUACCUUUUCACGGCUUCGCUGGAGUGCGCUUACAUUUCCCCAGUCACUUUGAGUCCAUGGAGGACCGGGGAGAUAUUGAAGAAGAGGAGGACGAGGGCAGAGGGGAAGACAAUGACAGGGUGGCAGAGAGACACGAGGAGCUGAGUGUCGAGGUGCAAAUUGGUCGUAAACUUCGGGAAAUUGGAGACAAGUUCCAGCAGGAUCAUGUUGAACUGUUUAUGAGGCACCAGAGACAAAACCUGCCUUUCUGGAUGCGCCUAACGAUGACCCUCUUCGGCUUUCUGUUUCCAAGAGAGGCUGCCAUCCCCCGCCUGAGAGGGGAGCAGAGAUGAAGGGACUUCUUCCUGGCCCUUGCCUCGGCCCCUUGCUUUCAAAAACAGAAAUGGGGGACUGGACUAGACGGCACUGUAAGAUGGAACACGGGUUUGGAUUUUGUGACGACGAGAUGAAGAAGACACUGGUCACCGCUGGACGGAGACUGAUCAAUUUUUUUUUUUCUUUUUUUCUUAGUUUGUUUUUUUGCCUCUCCGAGAAGAAGCCAUUCUGUUUGAAGAGAUAUUUUCGAAAUAUUUGUAAGAUUACCUAUUUUGUACAGUAAACUGCUCUUUUAUUUGGUGUUUAAAGUCUUGAAGGACCUCAUGCCUUAUUCUCUCCUGCCACAGCACAUAGUCUUUUGCAUCAAGAAACUCAUUUAAAAAAAAAAAAAAAGAGAGAGAUUACAUUUAAGAUUAGGCCACUUUGUUGGUGACAGACUGUGGACGUGGACAUUUCUGUGCUGAAGAUACUGACUUAAAACCUCGAGGACUCAAGGCACAUUUUUUUAUUUAUCCUCCCAAAUUAACAUCUCAUCUUUUCCUAUUCCACAUUGGCUAAUUUGAAAAUGGUUGUUGUGACAUUGUGGCAGUUUAACGCUGCGCCGUGGGUCAGCUCAGAUGCGUGUUUUACCAGCUUCCACUGUAGAUAUGGGAUGUUAUAACAACCUGUGUCUUUUCACCGAUCAGCACCUGCAUCUCGAGUACCACUAGAGGUGUAACGGUACACAGAAAGUUUGGUUUUGGAGUCAUGGACUGAUUGUUCAUCAAUAAUUUAAAUGAAUCAUAAAAAUCAGCAGUGCAACUUCAGCUUGAAAAAUUGCACAAUGUAAUGCUGCCUUUCUCUUUUUUGCCGACACAGCUAUUAUGUUUGAAAAAAAUUAGUCGGAAUUGGCACCGGUCGAUUGGCCGUGCAAGAUGGCCAAUUAAAAACUCAAAUGCAAACCCAACGUGUAAUGUGAGUUGACACAACAGCAGACACGCAUAAUAAGGCUAACCCUGCUACAUGCUAUAGCUACUGGACAAAACCUGGUGCAAUGUCGGGUGCAGCUUGGCUGAGGACAUAAGUAUGCAGACAAAAAUAGACAUCAAAUUGUUCGGCUCACAGGGCACAUCGAACUGAGGAAAUUUAAUACCGAAGGAACGUGUACAGAACGACAUCGUUGCACGCCUGAGUACCGUUUACGCUGGAGGUGAUGAAAAAACUGUGCAGAUUCAGACACUGUUUAUUUAAAGUAUGUAUACUUGAAUUCAGGCAUACUAGAAAUAUUUCGAGAUCUGAUGUAGUAAUCGUAGUUACAAUUUCAGUUUGUGAUGCGAGUGUGUGCUUACCGUUUGCAGACCCUGCAUUCAUAUCGAAACCAAAUGAGCACAAAGUCGAACCAAUCUCACUCGUGGGAUUACAAUCAGGGAAACUGAAACAAUCAGACAGCUGAGAAGCUUUGGAAAAAAAAGUCAUCAUUUUCCCAAAAAAAAAAAAAAAAAAAAAAGAAUUCCAGGUUGUAUUUCUCUGGCUGGGUUGACAAUCUGAAUUUUACCCUUUGCUCUGCUGUGGGUCGCCUGUAAAGGAGCAUUUUAAGGGUUGAGCAAUAUUCAAGCCAGUGGACACAGUAACUGUCUUAAGUUUUCCGCUGUCAGGAAUCAGCUGUAUUUGCAGUCAAGCUCCCCAGCUGGAAUUUUCCCCCAAAUAUGUGUGUAUUCCCAUCGAAACACACCUCCUUUGCAAAUUUCUUUGUUACAGAUCCAUUCUGGGGUUACAUUAAAGAGAUGCAUUUUUAUUUGAUUUCACUCCGGGUGUAAAUGUCUGACGCACUGAUUCAAACCUGAUGUGCUAAUACGCAUUAUAUCUCUGCCAGUGGUGCAUUCAGCUUCACUUAGUUGAAACAGCUUCUGUACAGUUUAAAAACCAUUUUUUAUUAAUACAGAGACACAUCUGGGCAUAGGGGAAACUUUUUACAUCCUCACGUGACACCUGCUACUUUAGCGAAACAUUUUCCAACAACACAACCACUGUCCAGUCAAUGAAGUCUUUAAGGACUUUGAAUAUGAUGUUGACUCAUUUGCUGUAUUUUCUCAGUUUAUUGCAGAUUCAUGAUAUCAAUUUUUGAAGACACUGUUGGUUUGGUUUAUUUUUUCCCCCACCUUUAUGUUUUCUUCAGGGAGUAGUUAAUCCUGUGACACUUUGUGCUAAAAAUCUUUUUUUUUUUUUUUUUUUGAGUGAGGACACGAUACUAAGAACUCACUUACGUGAUGCCAGUUAAUCUUGAUUGAUGUCAUACUAAACGCUGAACAAGCAAAGAUGGUUUCUUUAGACAUUUUUCCAAAGCAAUUUAACUCAGCAUCAGCCUGUAAGUGUGUUACAGAUUGUCAGGUUUUUGUCUUUGAACCAAAAGUUCGUUUCCUGCAAACACUGAACGCUGAGCCAAUUCAGAUAGCCAUGACAGACUUUUUUUUGGGGGGGGGGGGUCUUCAGUCCAAAGCCUCUUGGUCUCUUUCAUUAACUACUCCCUGUCCUUAACAAGAAGUUGUUUCAUUUUGUUAGAUUUUUUUUUUUUUGAGAGAGAUAAUUUAUUCUAAUUUAUUUUAUGUAUAUUUGCCCAGUGCUACUGUAUAGAUGCUAUCUCAGUGUGUACAGUCCUUUUCUUCUCAUUGUUGAGGUGCAUUCAGUUGCGUGUUUGAUGUCUGUGUGCGGGGAAGUUGGACUAAAGCCAUGUGCCUCGUGCGUUCUCACACGAACAGUGUGAGUCUUUACAAAUCAUGCGAAAAACAGACAAUCAAAUGUACAAAAUGUGCCUUGUGAGUAACAGACCUGCCACAUCUUCACCAUCGACACUUGGCAUAUAUCUCAAAGUCACUGGUCACAGCUCCUGUUUCACUUGGGCUCUGUGAGAUCAACUUCUGUUAAAAAAAAAAAAAAAAAUCAGUUUGACUUCUCACAACAGCUUGCGAGGCACAGGCUCAACCUUUGACAUCUCUCAGCACGAACGGCGAGUUUCACCAUGCAGACCUUCUCAAUAUCAGAAACGACUGUUUGCAAUCAAUGUGCACUGUAAAAAAAUAAACAAACAAAACAAAACUAUUUUUAUCUGUAUACUGUAUUUUGCGCCUCUCGCUUUCUACUCCUGCUAGAUGCUUGAAACAUUUUAAGAUCUGUAAUAUGCUGGAUCGGCCUAGCUUGUCUGGGUUUCUGUGCUUUUUUUUUUUUGGUUUUAUUUUGUUUUUUUAAAUCUGCAGUCUAGUAGGGGGUUUACAUUUGAGGGAGGAAUGAGCCACCACGGUGCCCAGAAUUCUUUGUGAGAUGGGUUGAGCAUCCACUCAGUCGGUGUGAUGUUUAUCUGAGCCCGUCUUUACCAACCACUGUCGCAACCUUGACUCGCGUGAAAUUUUUGUUAUAUGUUUGACCUUCAGUGUCUUUAAUAUCAGAAUUUUUCAAUUAAAAAAAAAAAAAAAAAUUCCAAGAAAGAGUGCAUCUUUACUGUCAAGUGCUGUGAUUUGGUGUUUUUUUUUUAUACAUUAGACAUGAAUUUAGACAUGAAUUUGACACAGCUAUUAUUGCUAUCUUUAUAAAAAAAAAUAAUUAAAAAACAAAAUUUUUCCAUACUUUUUUAGAAGAAGAAGAACGAACUUCAACAAUAUGACUUGCUUUUCUACAAUUUCUUUUUUUUUUUCUUUAUUUUUUUUUUUUUUAAAUGUUGAGGCAUUUUGCAUUUUUGGAUAUUGCCAAGUGUGCUCUGUCACUCUCAGUUCAAGGGCUUUUUUUCCAAUAUAUGUAAAUGGAGUAAAAAUGCAUGUCCAACAUUCCUGAAAAAAAUCUGUAUCCUAAAGGUUUGAAUGUAAUUUAAUGGAGUGAAAAACCACAGUAUCUCUUUUAAUACGUGAUCUGAACAGUGGGACUUAUUUCAGACUCCUGUGCUUGGUGCGCAGAGUUUGUAUUGUCUUUACAUUGCUUUCUUUAUGUUCAGAGUGGUCUCAAGGAUUUCACAUUCAUGUGUCCUAUGAAGUGAGACCCAGUCCAGAUGUAGCAGUUUUUGAUAAAGCAUUGGCUGUGUUAUCUUUGGGACUGCUCUGUUUCUCCUGAACAGUUUUCAAACAGUGCAGGACAUUGGUGUGAUGGAGGGAUUGAAGGAGGAUGGGGGAUGUUUUUUCUUUUUCUAGUGCAAUAUGCUGUACAUAUGAGCUUGGCUCACAAAAAUCUUACGAUUUCUCUUGAUUUCUUUUGUUGUUAAAUGGGUACAUUGCCGUUUUGUUUUUGUUUUGUUUUUUUCCAUUAAAAUUUUAUGGAUAAUUAA